UGAGCAAGUCAUCAGAGUGAAAGUGAAACCAGACCAGCCUGAAUGUUCCCCUCAAAAAGGACGUCAGAAAACUCUAAAAAACAAAUGCUGUGUUUAAUUACUGUAAAUCCAUUGGAUCUGAGAAGAGCAUAAAUACAAGCAGCUAUGACAGAAAACACAAAUUUUAAAAGAAGAAAAAUGGAUAUGACAUUCAUAAAACCAGGAAAUAGCAGCUGGAGCAGCAAGGAUACAUCUGCUAUCUUUGCAGGUGAAUCCAGCGGCCACCUGUCUGAAGAGCAGUUAAAGUGUUCUAUCUGUCUGGAAGUGUUCACUGAUCCCGUCACCACUCCAUGUGGACAUAGCUUCUGCAAGAGCUGCAUUACACAAAGCUGGGAUACGAGUGAACACUGCAAUUGUCCAUAUUGUAAUGAGAAAUUCACCAUAAGACCUGAACCCAAGAUUAAUAUAACACUGAGAGAGGUUGCAGAUAACUUCAAGAAGAGAAGCAAAGAGCCUCCUGAGAGUUUGGAGGUUCUCUGUGAUGCCUGCACUGGUGUGAAGCAGAAGGCUGUAAAAUCCUGUCUGGAUUGUGGUGUGACUUUCUGUUUGUCACAUUUAGAGCCUCAUAUUAAUGUUCCAAGAUCUAAGAAACACAAACUAAUAAACGCAGUGAAGAACCUGGAGAUGUACAUGUGCCAGAAGCAUGAGAGACCUCUGGAGCUCUUCUGUAGAGACGAUCAGAUGUAUCUGUGUCAGUUCUGCACUGAAGGAGAACACAAGAAUCACAAUGUUAUUCUGUUAGAGGAGGAGAGUGGACAGAAGAAGAUUCAGCUGCAGAAAACAAAGACAGAGCUGCAGCAGAUGAUCCAGGGGCGACUGAAGAAGAUCCAGGAGAUUAAUCACUCAGUAGAGCUCAGCAAAAGAAACAUAGAGAAAGAGACAUCAGACAGUGUUGAAGUUUUCACCGCUCUCAUUCGCUCCAUUGAGAGGAUUCAGGCUGAGCUGCUGGAAGUGAUGGAGGAGAAGCAGAAAGCAGCAGAGAAGCAGGCUGAAGGAUUCAUUAAAGAGCUGGAGCAGGAAAUCGAGGAUCUAAAGAGGAGAGACACUGAGCUGGAGCAGUUCUCACACACUGAAGAUCAUCUCCACCUCCUAAAGAUUUCCCCGUCACUGUGCAUUGCUCCACACACCAAGAACUGGUCUGAGAUCAGCAUUAACACUGACCUGAGUGUGGACGUUCUGAGGACGACUCUGUCUCGGAUUCAGAAGACUCUGAAUAAGAAACUCAGUGUGACACUAAAUAAGAAAUUGAGAGAAACAGUCUCCACAGAACUGAAGAGGAUUCAGCAGUAUGCAGUGGAUGUGACUCUGGACCCUGAUACAGCUUGUCCCUAUCUUGUCCUCAGUGAUGAAGGAAAACAAGUCAUGUGUGGAGACACAAAGCAGAAUCUCCCAGACACCCUGAAAAGAUUCACUAAUUACACCAUGGUCCUAGGAAAGGAGGGUUUCUCCUUGGGGAGGUUUUACUAUGAAGUGCAGGUCAGCAAGAAGACUGAGUGGGGUUUAGGAGUGGCCAGAGAGUCUGUUAAUAGGAAGGGAAAGAUUGAUUCAUUUAAACCUCAGACUGGAUUCUGGACUGUGGUUCUGAGAAACGGGAAUGAGUAUGAGGCUGGUGAUGAUCCGUAUAUCUCCCUCUCCCUGAGAGAAAAGCCCCAGAAAGUGGGAGUGUUUGUGGAUUAUGAGGAGGGACUGGUCUCCUUUUAUGAUGUUAAGGCCAGGUCUCAUAUCUACUCUUUCACUGGUCAGACCUUCACAGAGAAACUCUAUCCAUUCUUCAGUCCUUGUUUGAAUGACGGAGGUAAAAACUCAGCACCACUGAUCAUCUCUCGUGUGUUAAAGACUGAUUAAAUUCUCACCAUAUACAGCACUGAACCCAGUUGACCAUGAACACCAAGUACAAUUCAAUUCUAUCUGUCAGAAGUCUCUGAUGCUGAGAAACUAUAUUUUUAUUUUCUGUUGGUUUACUGGAAUGUUAACACUGAUAUCAUUAUACUGUUUUCCUGCUCAUGUCAGAUGCUUGCUUGUUAGUGCCUUUUGGGUUUGCUCUUGGUUUGUGAAUAUUAAAUAUCCUGUGUAUGAGUUUUUCCCCCCUUUAUGCGUCACUGUGCAUGGAUCCUGAGCAUCAUGUAACCUUUGUAUAAAGUGCUAAAAAUGAAAAGGAACCAACAAUGCUACCUGGGUUAUUUUAUUCACCCAGGAAAAUAAGUUAAACCCAAAAAUAAAUUACAAUAGUAUGAAGGACCUUGCUAGUUCGGAUCGGAUUAAAGACAGAGACGUGACUGUUUCAAAAUAAAUUUGUACUAUUUUUGGAAAA